UGUAAAUGUAAAAAUAAUCCUAUUCAAGAAGUAAAACCCAUUGAUUGCUCUGUUUUCAAAAUAAUUGAUGCGCAAUUUGUGAAACUCACUACUUUGAAAGUAUUUUUACUGUCAUUAGUAUAUCAAAUAUUAUUAAGUAAAUGUUGUGUGUCUUCUUUGCUGUGUGAUACUUGAGAAAUUACUGGAAAUAAUAUAGAUUGAGGUUUGAGGAAAAAAUAAUGUUCAUAAAUUAAUGUUAUUCACUUAUAUGUAUUGAAGGGAUAUUUCAGCUGUAUUGACCCUUCACUUAUUUUCCAAGAUUCUGUUUCGGAAUAUGUAAUGUAAUAUGUUCAGAGUAAAGAAUGACGUGAUGAUUGGUUUUAGUCAUAAGAAGCAAGAAAGAAUGAAUCUUUUUACUGCAGCAUGCCUUGCAGUUCUGCUAUCUCUAUCCUGUAUAGAAUGUAAAGAUCAAUGUGUUGCCCGAGGACAGUGUGCAGAGGAUGAUGUGACUGGAUUACAAAUGCCUUGUGUUUAUAAUGGAGAUCCAGUUCCGUUAAAAGAUCAAACAUCCCAAACUUUUCUGAAAUCAGUUUGUCCAAGUUUAAAAUUAGAUUCAGACUUUAGUGUGUGCUGUGAUUCUGAACAGAUUAUAGCUUUUCGGGAUAAUCUUGAUAGAUUGGCAUCUCUCUUCAUACGAUGUCCAUCAUGCUACCAUAACUUGGCUAAUGUAUUUUGUUACUUAGUUUGUUCUCCUCUCCAGAGUCGAUUUCUAAAGGUAACUGACUUUAUAGGUGAGGGCAAAAACAAGAGUGUCACCGAAAUGAGCUACUUCAUUGCAGAACAAUAUGUUGAUGGAACAUUUGAUUCUUGCAGCAAUGUCCAGUUGUCGUUCACAACUUCUAAAGCCUUACCUAUUGCUUGUGGUGGUGUUUCAGACUGCACACCAGUAAAAUGGUUUAAUUAUAUGGGUGCUCAUGACCCUUCUCCUUACCAAAUAAAUUUCAACUUCACAAAAACUGAUAUUAUUGAUGUUAAUGGGACAACAUUUUAUCCAAUGAAUGAUACUAUUGUGCCUUGUUCUCAACCGGUUGGCCCUGGAGGUACUGCUUGUUCUUGUGUGGAUUGUCCUUGCCAUCCUGAUCCUCCACCAGAAUUUCCAUCAAAUAAUGCCAAAUUAUUUGGUUUACCGGUAAUGGAAUCUGUCAUGAUCAUCAUCUACAUAAUAUUAGCAAUUGUAAUUAUUGGAUGCUUUAUUUACACUAAAUGUCAAAGGAGAAGUGAAGAGGAUGAGCUGUUAAUCAAUGAUGUAGUCAGAUAUGGAGAUAUGUCUGUAUGUGCUAGAUGGGGAUCUCGAUUGGAUGCUUGGUUAAAAUCUGUGUUUACUCACUGGGGAAUAUUCUGUGCAACAUAUCCGGUUGUUGUUUUGCUUCUUGCUUUUGCAUUUUUCAUUUUUGCUGCAUCAGGACUGUACUUUUUCACUGUCCAGGCUGACCCGGUGAAAUUAUGGUCUUCCCCCAAUAGUCAAGCUCGAGAAGAGAAGGAUUAUUUUGACUCCCACUUUGGGCCUUUUUACAGAACUGAACAAGUAAUAAUUAAACGCAAAACUGGUAAUCCAGUGAUUGGGAAAAAUCUGACAUUUAGUCGUGUUUUUGAUCGAAAAUUUCUUCAUCAGGUCUUAGACUUGCAGAAUCAAAUAACCAGCCUUAGUGCUGAGAGACACAAUCAUACUAUAAAACUCAAAGACAUUUGUUUUGCUCCCAUUGAGGAAGGAAGGUGUAUGAUUAUGAGUGCUGUAAAUUGGUUCCAAAAUGACGCAGGACACUUGGAUUAUUACAAAAAUAUUGAUGACUACUUGAGUUACCUACAGAAUUGUACAUCCAAUCCUUUUUAUGUUCAGCAGAAAGGUCUCUCAUGUUUAGGUGAAUAUGGUGGGCCAAUAUUUCCAUAUGUUGCCCUUGGAGGCGUGGGGGAUGAAAACUAUUCGAAUGCUUCUUCAUUGAUUUUAACAUUCAUGGUCAGAAAUUAUGUGGAUUCUAAACAAGUAGCAAAUGCUGUUGCAUGGGAGGCAAAAUUCAUUGAAUUCAUGAAAAAUUUCAGUCAUCCAGAUAUGGAAAUUGCAUUUUCAUCAGAACGAUCCAUUCAAGAUGAAUUAGACAGAGAAAGCAGUGCAGAUGAGAAAACAAUUUUAAUCAGCUAUCUAGUAAUGUUUGCCUAUGUAUCCAUAACAUUAGGGCAGUAUAAUUCUUUCAGUUCUAUUUUUGUGAAUUCAAAAUUAAUGCUUGGACUGAGUGGAAUUCUUAUAGUGUUGGCUUCCGUUGUGUCAUCAUUAGGAAUAUUUAGUUAUUUAGGAAUUCCUGCUACUCUUAUAAUUAUUGAAGUCAUUCCAUUUUUAGUGCUUGCCGUUGGUGUAGACAAUAUAUUUAUCAUAGUACAAGCUUAUCAACGUUCAAGAAGGGGACCACUUGAAACUCGGCAGCAGCACAUUGGACGAAUUAUUGGAGAAGUUACACCAUCAAUAUUUCUUGCCAGUUUUGCAGAAUCAACCUGCUUCUUUUUAGGAGCUUUAUCUGAUAUGCCAGCUGUCCAUGUAUUUGCUCUAUAUUCUGGAAUGGCUUUAUUCAUCGAUUUUCUUUUACAAAUGACAUGCUUUGUUGCACUUCUGUCAUUAGAUAUUGCAAGGGAAGAAUCUCAUCGUCUGGAUAUUUGCUGUUGUAUUAAAGUUAAUGCAAAUAAUGCACCCAGACAGGGAAAAGGAUUGCUUUACCAUGUCUUUGAAAAGUUCUAUGCACCAUUUUUAAUGAAGGACAUUGUACGAUGUUGUGUUAUGUUAGUUUUUUCUGCAUGGAUUUGCACAUCAAUAGCUGUUAUAGAUAGAAUUGAUGUUGGAUUAGAUCAGAAGCUGUCAAUGCCUAAAGAUUCCUAUGUGCUGAAAUAUUUCACUGCCUUAGAAGAAUAUUUAUCUGUUGGUCCACCUGUAUAUUUUGUGAUAAAAGAUGGAUAUAAUUAUUCAGAACUAGAAGAUCAAAAUAAUUUAUGUAGUGUCGCAUGGUGCCAUCGUGAUUCUCUUGUUACGCAAAUAUCUGAAGCUUCUCAGUUUUCAGACAGAACUUAUAUUGCUCAUCCACCAAUGGAUUGGCUUGACAAUUAUAUUAGCUGGGCUUAUGACCAGUCUGGUUGUUGUCGUGUUUAUAAAAAUAAUACUAAAAAAUUCUGUCCUUCAAUUGAACCAGAUAAAGACUGUCAAGGAUGUGCAAUUACAGAUUCGAAAUACUUCAGACCUUAUCCUGAAAAAUUUCAGUCUUACCUAAUGUACUUUUUACAUGAAAAUCCUACUCCAAAAUGUCCUGUUGCUGGUCAUGCUGGUUUUGCAGAUGCUCUUGAGAUAAAAAAUGACAGAAUUGGAGCCACACAUUAUAUGACUUACCACACUAUAUUAAAGAAUUCAGAUGAUUACACUCAAGCUUUGCGAUGGGCUCGCAGAAUUGCCAAAAACAUUACUGAAACAUUGCAGGCACAUGAUAAAUCAGGUUCAACAGUCGAAGUGUUUCCCUACAGCAUUUUCUAUGUGUUUUAUGAACAAUACCUCACUGUCUCCAAGGAUACUGUAGUUAGUCUUACGAUUUCUCUUAUUGAAAUCUUCAUUGUCACAUUUUUGCUCAUGGGAUUGGAUUAUCACUCUGCUCUCAUAAUGGUUUUCACAAUCAUGCUAAUUAUAUUUAAUUUGAUGGGAAUGAUGUACUUCUGGGACAUAUCAUUGAAUGCAGUGUCCCUAGUGAAUCUCGUGAUGGCUGUUGGAAUAUCUGUAGAAUUUUGCUCUCAUAUCAUUCGCUCAUUUGCUUUUAAUGCUGAAGGAACAAAAAUAGACAGAGCUAGGAAUGCAGUAGCUCGCAUGGGUAGUUCAGUGCUGUCUGGAAUCACACUUACUAAAUUUGGAGGCAUUGUUGUUCUGGCCUUCUCAAAAUCACAGAUCUUCCAAGUUUUCUAUUUCCGAAUGUAUCUUGGAAUAGUUCUCAUUGGUGCAACUCAUGGCCUUAUAUUUUUACCAGUGUUCCUAAGUGUAGUUGGACCACCAAUUAAGCAGAAGUAUGAUAGAUCUGGGGGAAAUCCUCUGAAAGGAUCAGAAGAUGAUAACUUUAAUUCAGAAGUAAGCUCCGUAUCGGAUGGAAUCAAAAGCUAGAGAUCUGCUGUCAUUUUCAGAAGUCACUAUAUAUAUAUAAGAAUCGGGUGUAUUUUUGUAAAAAAUAGUUUUCUUUAAAUAACAGAACAGUAUUAUAUUUUAUGUGUAGUGUAAGAUUUUAACUUAGGAUAGAACUAUAGUGUAAAUGGACAUAUGCGUGACUCAUUUUAAAAUAAUUUAUUUUUACUUUUUAUGAUGUUUUCUGCCCUGCUUGCCAUUCAGUAUAUUAUGUGUGAAAUGAGAUUUUGAUAGAUUAUUGCAUGCACUUGACUCCAUAAAGAUAGAGCUAAUUAAUUUUUCAUAAUACCAUUUGUAUAUUUGUUUAGUUUCUUGAUAUUCUAUUUUUAUUGUUUAUAUUCUGACAUUUGGAUUUUUAACAUGGCUGUGAUAUAAAGUAUGAAUUAUGGGCUUCCACUUUUAUUUGAUUAUUUUUAUUGAAGAUUGAAAUUUGUAUUCUGAAUUUGAUCAAUGAUUUGUAUCUUUUGAUUUAAUUAUUCAUAAAAUUGUACAAUUCCUCCAAAUACUGUGAUUAAUAUUAAAAUAUGCAUUCUUUCUUUGCUGCAUAUCUUGAUUAUCCGGUAAAUUUGUUUAAAAGUUUAAAUUACUAUUUUGAAUGAUAUGUAUGCAUGAACUUUUAAAUGUUAGCCAUGAAAGGUUUAUUUUCUUGGAACGUAGUUGUUAAGUGUGAUUUCAUUUCACCUUACCUCAUUUUAUUACUAUACUUUUUUAGCUGCUUCUUCACUGUAUAUAUAAAUUUGAAAUUAAAGCACUAAUUAAUAA